GUUGUGAGAUGCCUGCUGCUGCAUGCGCAUGCUGCUGUGCGGAGAGUCGUGAGUCGUGAGUCUGAGUCGUGAGUGUGAUGCUCGGUGCAUUGCGUUGCCGUGGGGUGGUGGUGGGAGUUGAGGCGAGGCGAUGCGAUGCGAUGCGAUGCGAUGCGAUGCGAUGCGCACGGUUUGGCUGUGCCGCCCACGAGUCGUGAGUUGUAUCGAGUAUGGAAGACUUGCAACUUGUAACCAUAGGCAAGUUGAUUACAAUACAGUAUCACACAUCGGCGCAUUCAGCAACAUUCUGGAAUCCCCCCACCUCUACACCUGACUUCAUUCACUCCACCUCCAUCAUCCCCUUCCUCCCCAUUUCACUCUAUUGCCACCAACAACAGCAGCAGCAGCAGCACCCCAGCAUAUUCUCUUCCCGACCAUGCCCAUCCUCAACGUGCACGCAGGAGCUCUUCCUUCCUUUUCCCUCCGACUCAAAUCGGACGAUUCCCUCUCCUCCAUCCGCACACGUUCCGCAAGCAAGAUUCGUCUGCAGUUGGACGAUGGCAUUCCACUCGUCGUCAAGUAUGCCUGGAACGGUCAAACAUUCGCGCUAGAGGAUGAGGACGACUGGGACAUCUUCACCGAGCGUGUAGCCAACCAGAAAGAGGCGGAUCUGUAUCUGGAGUCGCCAGAGAUUCCUUCGCGAGAGGAAGAGGAUGGCGCAUCCAUCGCAUCGGGUGCAGGUGCGGGUACCAAAGUCGCCAAUGUGCCCAUCGUCAAUGACAGCACGCUCGUAGCGCGCACUCCUGGCCGAGGUAAGAGCGGAGGAGGCGGAGGAGGAGCAUCAUCCGUCUCCAUCCAUCGCGUCUCUCCUCAUCAAGUCACCAGCGUGGAGGAAUUCACAGAUGCCGGCGGAGUUUCUGCGGGCGGAAGGGACAGCUUGUUGUACCCUGCAGCCAGGGAACCUGCUCCUUUACCAGGCUACUCCAAACCCGUCGUUCCCGAGUUCCCAGCUUUUGAUCCGUCGGCCAACGAUGCAGCUUCCGUGCGAUCGGGUCGGCAAGAGAGACGAGGCGCAGCUCCUUCGCUAGCACCGAGCGAAACGCCAUCGCACAAGAUCGCCUUUCAAGAGUUUCACAGCAAGUUGGGCGUCAGAUUGUUAAAGGGAAGUUUGGGACCGGUGCAGGAUGUGCCCAUGAUGCUCAAAUCGGGCUACAGGCACGUCUACGUAUCCCGAUCCUUUGCGCUCAAUCACGGAUUCAUUCCCAAAGACACGACGCCGGGAACCUAUGGUUUCAAUGGCAUCACCAACCUGGGCAAGUGGCCCGUCCAGGUCGGAUCCAAAGCUGUCGCUUGCACCGUCAUGCUCGCCGAGGACUCUUACUUUCCAGUCAUUUUGGGCAGAAGCUUCAUGGAAAAGAGGGGUGUCAGGACGGACCCCAUCGAUAUGACUUCGGUCACCUUUAUGGACAAUGGAGAGCGGGCAGAUGUGGAAGUGGUGGUGGUUCGCGACGAAGCUGGAGAGCCUGUUCCCAUUCCCUAAAGGAAGAGAAGGGAGAAAGACCGGCAUAUUAGCGUCAGCACGCGUGUCGAACGCGACGGCAAGGGGAAAGGGG